UUGAGGAAUUUCUCUGAAAAUUGUAUUUUGGCCGCUUUAAUUCUUCCUCUUUUUCACCUCGCCCUCUCCAUUUUCUCCCCCCUUUCUUCUUCAUUUAUCUUUUCUACUUCCGCUGGUCGAACGCACUCUCUCUCUCUCUCUCUCUCUCUCAACAAAAGCACAACUGAAGCUGCUCUCUCUCUCUCUCUCUCUCAACAAAAGCACAACUGAAGCUGCUUAAUUCUGCAGUGAAACUUUUUGGAGCAAGUAGAAACGCCGUAGAGAUCUUGAAUUUUUGAGAUCUCUCAGCUUCAACACUUGGAAUUUGACGGCCCGAUAUUGAAGAUUCAUUUUGAAAAGAUUACUUUAUUGGAGAGGAGAAAAAGAGGCUGAGUGAUAAAAAUGGUGGUCUCCAGUUCUAAUCCUCAAAAUAGGGAGAUGGCCAUCAGGAAGAGGAUUGCCAGCAUAUUCAAUAAACGAGAAGAUGAUUUUCCAUCUCUGAAAGAGUACAAUGACUUCUUGGAGGAAGUGGAGGACAUGACAUUUGAUUUGAUUGAAGGUAUAAAUGUCCCUGCUAUUGAAGCCAAAAUUGCACAGUACCAGGAAGAAAAUGCUGAGCAGAUAAUGAUUAAUCGAGCUCGCAAGGCUGAAGAAUUAGCUGCAGCUAUGGCAGCAAGCAAGGGAAAUCCAUCACAAACUGAUAAUGAUGGGGCCGCAAGCCAAAGCUCUCAAGCAGGAGUCAGUGGACAAGGCCAAUAUGCUCCAACAGUUCCAGGGGGGCAACCACGGCCAACUGGCAUGGCCCCACAGCCUGUCCCACUUGGAGUGGGCCCCGAUAUACACGGAUAUGCUGCUGAUGACGAGGAAAUGAAGAAGCUGCAAGCAGAGAGAGGUCGAAGAGCCGGAGGGUGGAGCAUAGAGUUCAGCGUCAGCAGGAAGAGGGCGCUCGAAGAAUCUUUCAGCAGCAUUUGGAUAUGUUAGCAUGCCCUUUUCCCAUGUGGUCCUUUCAGCUUUCUCUCAUAAAGGAACUUAUUUUACUUGGUAUCAUUAUUAUUAUUUUUUUAGGCGAAUAUUAAUAAGAAACGAGACUCGAGAGAUGCAGGACGGCACUGAAACUAAUACUAAAAUUAAACUUUUGUACUGUUCAGAGAUCAAGACUAUAGGGCUGUUGAGAGAAGUCUUCUCAAUUUUGAUGAAAAAGAAAAACACGAGCCGUUUCUCAAUUUCUUAUUAUAAGCUGCCGCACAAUCAAUUGCAAG